CUGUCAAAAUAUAUAUGUAGAUCUUAAUAUAUUUAUUUCUCACAUUUAUUAAUCAAUUAUCUGUGAUUAAAUUGUUUAAUAAUUAUUAUUAUCUUAAUGUCUAGAAACAAAAGUUUUAAAACUUAUUAUUGUUACAAUUAUAAACGAAAUAUAAUCAAUAGGGAUAAAAAUUAAUUGAAACAAACUUAACCUCAAAAUUAAUAUCAAAAAAUCUGUUAUAUCAAAAUACCAGUAUUUUAGAAGUAAAUUUAUUGAGUUUUCUUUUUUUUUUAAAUUUUAUACAUUAUAAAUUGAUGAUCUAUGAAUUUAGGCGUAUUCAACAGAGUCAAUUUGAAGAACUCUGGAGGUGGAAUGUAUUCCGAGUGGGCCUCAUUAAGUUCCUUAAUUCAACAAGGCUCUGAUGACAGUCAAAGUGUUUUGGAAAAAUUUUCACCAGGUGUUGGCCGAGAGGUUGCAUUGUCAAUUGUUCGACAAUUGUCUGCUAAUCUUGGCAUUGCCCAAGCUGCUGAACCAAGUGCAUUAAAUACAGAUCGUGAAAUACAAUGGUGUAUGGAAGUUAUUUGUUUUGGACUUUCAUUGCCAUUAACCGAACACGAUACAGUUCGAGAUUGCGUGAAUGUUUAUUGUGAAUGGCUCUCGGCGCUUUAUUCAUCGCCAAAAAUCUCCGUACCAAGGCCAAUUUUAGAGGAUUCAAAUUUUUAUGCAAGAAAAAUCAUCAGUCACUUUCAUAAUUUAUUUGUUCCAAGAAGAGGAGAAGUUUGGCCAUUUUUGUAUCAGGAUUUAGGAACCGAUACAAUAAAUAGACAGGCGGUCCUCUGUCAUAGAGUACUUCGAACUUUACAACAAGUUGCUCGAGGUCCAGCUACAUUGGAAAGAGAAACAUGGGAGAGUCUUCUUUUAUUUCUCAUAGGAAUAAAUGAUGCGCUUUUAGCUCCACCAGCAGUUAGAGAAGAUGCUGGAGAACAACUUUGUGAAAGAGUUCUUGGCGUUUUACUCGAAGUUUGGCUCGUGGCGUGUGAAAAAAGUUUUCCUUCGCCUCCAUUAUGGAAAACAUUGAGAGAAUCUUGUCUUCGAUGGCGUCACAGACUCGCUCUUAUUGAACAAUGGAAUCGAGUUUGUCUUGCUCUAACAGCUCGACUUUUACAAAUUAUGUAUGGACCAAUGUUUCCCGAAUUAAAAAUCAGUGAGGAGGAUUCACAGCUGGUGCCACAUACAAUGUCAAACGAAGCAGUUGCACAAGCUUGGUACAGACUUUUACGAACAGUUGGCGAUCCAAUUGAUUUAUGUAGGCCGGCAGUAAUAUCACAAACUCAAGCAUUUUUGAGAUAUGCAAUUGCAAGUCCAAAUGUUGUUGAUCCAUGUCAGCAUCCAUGUCUUCAAGCGUUGCCUCAAAUAUUUCUCAAAGCCAUCAAAGGUAUUGCCGGACAAGUCGACGCAUUUCUAGGGGUCUCACAGGCUUGUUGUUGGGAGGAGUGUUGUGUGACAAACGUCACUACAGGAAUAGGAAACUCUGGUACCGGAGGUGUUGGAAAUGAGAAAUCUAAUCCAAAGGAUCAACCUCAACCUUCUCCAACACCUCCGACGCAGAGGCGACUUGCAAAAAGUUUCAGCGUCACACCUUCAGCUGUCACCAAGGGAAUUCCAAAAGCCUCGUUGAUUGGCUUGACGACGAGUAGAAUUUCAAGCAGCCAAAUAGUGAUGUCCUCAAAUUCAGGACCAUCAUCGACAUCAUCUACAGCCUCUGUAACGUCAUUGGGUCAAGAUAUUAGACCGCCUUUGGCACCGAGUCGACCAAAAUGUAACAGCAUUCUUCAUCUUUUUGGUGAAUGGCUUUUUGAAGCUGCUUUCAUUGGCACUGAUGGAUGGUCACAAAAUUUACCACAACCAACUGGCGCCUCAAAACGACCAUCGUCAAUUUUAGUUGAUGGACCAUCAUCAUUGCAAGACACAAUCAAUGAUGUUCCAUCGUCACUUGUAAUUGAUCGUUAUGAAUCGGGUCGGGCCGAGGCAAUGGGUGCGCUUUGUCGAAUUUUUUGUGCAAAAAAAACUGGCGAAGAUAUACUUCCCGUUUAUUCGGCAAGAUUUUAUCAAGCAAUGUAUCAUGGACUCAAGACAAAUGAAAACAAAGAAUGUGGUGAAACUUUAGCGAGUAUUUUAUUAAAUUCCGCUGAUCUCUUUCGUCUUGAUCUCGAUGGUAUUCAAGUAUUAGUACCGGCAGUAUUGUCCGCAUUGGAAGCUGUUUUGCCCGAGAAAGAUUUACGUCUCAAAACAAAUUCAGUGUCAAAAAUUGAAUUGCGACGUGCCUCUAUUAAUUUAUUGAUAUCGAUGUUGGCCUUGCCCCUCCAUUUUCAGAAUCUUUCAAUAAGGGAACUGCCAAAUGGAUAUUCACUUAAUUCUGACAAGAAUCAAUUUACAUUUGCCCAGUUGAAACCAAGACUCAUGAAUUUAUUAAUUAACGCCUUACAAGUGGAAACUGAUCCACAAAAUACUCACAUGCUUUUGGGCGGUUUAUUGUUAAGCGUUCAAGAUUCAGCGGCCGCCGAAGAAGUGGAACAAGUUACUCAACCCGAUAUUAUUCCAAAUGAUAAUACAACGAAUUUACUUUCAUCAGUCACCAGCGAUUCAACCAGUCAAAUAAGCAUUUCCAGUGAUCAUCGUUCAUUUGGCGAUUCCUCCGAUAUUUCGACACUUCAAGAAGAAAGCAUCGCUUUUGAUUCGGCACAUGCUCUGUUUGUAAGAGCAACUUAUUUAGUUUGUCACAGACUAAUUUCAUCCUGGAAAACGGAUCUUAAUAUUUCGUUAGCUGCAUUAGAAAUGCUUUCGGGUCUCGCGAGGACACGAAUUCGAGAGACAGCAAGGAAACUCACAGAUGCCUUGGAAUGUAAAAGAGCUGUAAAAUGGCUUUGUGAUUAUAUCGCUUAUCAAUGUUGGCGACCACCUCCUUCUCAUUCGAAAGAUCUUCAUUCAUCGAUUGUCGCUGCUUUUUCAUGUUUAACCACUUGGCUCACAGCACAUCCCCAACUUUUACAGGAUAAGGAUUGUUUGGCGACAGUUUUGGAAGUUGUUGAACUUGGAGUUUCGGGGACUAAAAGCGUUGGAAAGCCUGGUGAACCGAUAAAAAUGAAAGAUGAAAAAGAAUUGAAACCAGCUUCAAUGAGAGUUCGAGAUGCUGCAGAUGCGCUUCUUACAAUUAUUCUUGAACAGGUGGGAUAUUUUCCAAGUGCUUGCGGUACACAAUCUUUGUCGUCGUUGCUCGAUGAAGUUUCACUUUUAAAACAUUGCAAUAGUUGGCCAGGUGGUCGGGUACCUCGACAAAUUGCUGUCGAACGUUUUCGUUAUUUUGUCGCCGAGAAUGCAACAAUGUUGGCAUUAUUGGAAGAACCCUUGGGUAACGAUCAAGAUCCACAACCAACUGUCACUGUUUUAAUUCGUGGUCCAUUUGGUCGACACGCGUGGACAAUGCAAUUACGACAUUUACCACGACAUAGAUCAAGUGUCAGGAGUAUAAACACAAAUCCUGGACGUCCAUUGCCAUUAUUGGAACCAACACCACGAAUGGAUUAUAAACCAAAAUUUUUCCCCGAUAACGUCGACAGAAUUCCUCAUUGUAAAGUCGAUGACUCAAUACCAAAUUUAGACGUUGUAAUGAAUGAGAAUGAUAUUCUCAAGAAUGAUCAUAAAACAUUAUCGCAUUUAUUGGAACGACAAAUCGAUUUGGAAUUAAAAUUUAGCGAAGAAUCAGAGACAAAAUCGAGGGAAAAAAUAAUUGACGAAUGUAUGCCACCUCAGGUGUGUCAUGAGUUUCAAACAGCGAGAUUAUUUCUCAGUCAUUUUGGAUUUUUAAAUUUGGAACCCAAAGAAGCAAAUGAAAAUUCAACAACCGGCGGUGGUUUAAUAGCAUUGGAUUCAACACUUACUGGUUUUUGUACAGAUCUCGAGAAUCUUGAUCGUAUUAGUCCAAGAACUUGCGAUACUGUUCAUAUUUUUUAUGUCAAAGCUGGACAAAAGAAUCCCGAAGCUAUUCUAUCGAAUGUGGUACACGAAAGCAAUGUUUCUUCAAAUUUCAUGGAAUUCUUGAGUGCACUUGGCUGGACCGUUUCGGUAAAUUCACACGCUGGAUGGACUGGUCAUGUGUCAACUUCCUGGCAGGUAAUAACGGAAAUUAAUGUUCCUCAGCCAGCGCAAAGCGAUCACGGUGGAUCACUUUACAAUGGAAAUACUCACAUUUUAUAUUGGGCGGAUGUGAGUUCCGAAAUUGCCUUUGUUGUGCCCACACAAUCAUUGGGUGUGAAUUCAGAAUCUCUUGAUGAUACAGUUUUUAAUGAAUCUGGCCAAGCUUGGUUUGAGAGAAGUGCCAGUGAAAGUGCAGGCUCAAAAACAUUUUCAAUGUCGCCAAAUACAACGAUAAAUUCAACAAGAACAAUGUCCCUUGAUCUUGGGAAACAACCUCCAAGUAUAGGUUCAAAUUCGUCCAAUUCAAAUGUUCCUAAUUCCGAUCCCGUCAAACCAAGAAGAACGACAAAACAUUCUCUACCAGCUCAAACGGAUACAAAAAUUAUGGUCGUUUGGUUGGAGAGUCUCGAGGAUUAUGCUCAAUUUCCAAUUGCUGAACUACUUCCGUGCACAAAUACAGGGCUCAGUAGCACGAGAAUCGUGACAACUUCUGAUGUUCACGUUAUUUUCUUACAAGCUCUCGACAAUGGUUUAAUGAGAGUUAGAUUACAAGGGCCUAUUUCUAGAAUUAAUUUAGCCACACCUUUAAUUGACGGGAUGGUUGUUCCCCGAAGAGCACUGGGUAGUUUAGUUAGACAAACAACUCUAAAUAUGGGUCGCAGACGAAGACUUGACAACGAUAGUUAUCAUCCACCUCACGUACGAAGACGAUUAAAAAUCCAAGACAUGGUAUUCAAGUAUAAACGAAACUUGGAACAACCAGAAUUGUUAUCCCUUCUUUUUAAUAACACGUAAAAAAGUUUUAAAGGUAAAAAUAUUAAAUUUAUUACAUAUUCUAAAGUGUAAUAUCAAAAAAAAUUAUAUAUGAAUUUAAUUAUGUUUUCUAUUCUAUUUUUACAGAAUUUUAUUUGUUUGUUGUAUUUUAAAAGGAGGUAAUAAUCUCGUAACUUUAAUUUUAACAAUAUAUUGCAAUUGUAUUUUACUAUAAAAAAUAUUUUUGCAAAUUAUUAUAUUAUUAAAAAAUUUGGAUUUAUUUUCUAUAUUAUGAAAAUAUAAAAAUUCAUUUUAAAAAAUUCAAUAACUGAAUUAUUAAAAAAGAAAAUGUAUAACAGAUUUUAGGAUUAAUAUUACAUAUAU